AAAGAAGAGAGAGCUAGAGAGAGAGGUGGGGAAUCAUUAGGGGGGAGGAACAAAUACUGUAUGAGAGAGUGAGGGGUUGAAAAAGAAGAGUGGUGGACCUGCUGCGCUGUAGAAAGUGAGACAGACAGAGAGAAGCAGCAGAGACAAACAAAACACACACAGCCUACCUGACUGUAAUCUUCUCUCACAACACACACACACACACACACACACACACAAACACACACACACACACACACACACAGAAACACACAGACACAGACAAGCAGGUAGGCAGAGGAGCUGAAACUUACCAGACACACUCAUUCGUCCUCACACACUCAGUCAGCAGCAGCAGCAUGUUUCGGUGGAGGCUCCCCCAGGCAGUGUGUGUGCUGUCGGCGUGUGUGUGUCUGGUUCUCACAUACGAGGAUGAUAUUGAGGUCAACUACGCUGACACCUACUACAAUGAAAUCACAGAGGGAGACAUGGCAGAACCCACACUGAGCCCAGGCCCCUGCAGUUCUCCAGACCUGACCAAAUGGGACAAAAUCUUCUCCAUGCUGGAGAACAGUCAGAUGAGAGAGAACAUGCUGCUUCAAUAUGCAGAUGACAUCAUGAAGGUGGAGAUGGGGUCACUGCGCGGAGAAAUGCUCAGGUUUUUGGCCCAAUAUGGUGGCUCCUGUGGGGCUGCAGUGGAGACAGCAGGAAGAAGGAUGGCCUUGCAGCUGGAGGGCCGUCUCAGAGAAACCCUGGAGCGCUUCAAACUCAGAGAUCAGACUUAUGCUGCUGCUGCUGGGAAUUCUGUUGGGAAUUCGGACCACCUGGAGGCGAUGCUACAGCAGCUCCUCUCCGCAGUACGAACACAAGCUUCCCGAUUCACCAAGCUGGAGACCAGUUGCUUCAGCAACCCAGGAGCUGGAAUGGGGAUAAAUUCAAAGACAGGAUCCCAGCUUCCAGAAGUUGGAGGGGCUGGGCACCAGGAGCAAGAGGUCACAUCACAAGAGGUGGUUUUAGAUGGCGUGCUGGCUGCGCUGCAACAGACGAGGGUGGAACUGGAGGAGGUGCUGAGGUCAUCGAGGCAAAGAUAUCUACCCGCAGGUUGUGAGAUGGCACUCCUCUUCCCCAUGCGUUCCCGUCGAAUCUACACCUCCGUCAUACCAGAUGUCCCUCUCUCCGUCUCCUCCUUCACUGUCUGCACGUGGGUGAAGCCGACCACUGUCUCCAACAAAACCGUGCUGUUCUCCUACGGAAACCGCCGCAACCCAUAUGAGAUCCAGCUGCUGCUCGGCCAAACUUCUGCGCUCUUCACCAUCGGAGGGGAGGCUCACCUUGUGGAGGCACGGGGUGUAGUGAGCCCAGGAGGCGCAUCAGAGUGGAUCCACCUGUGCGGGGCUUGGUCGUCUGAGCAGGGCCUCGCAUCCCUGUGGGCAGAUGGGAAAAAGGUGGCAUCCACACCCGGAGUGGCUGAGGGACAUGUCUUACCCGACGGAGGCUCGCUCCAGCUGGGGCAGGAAAGGAACGGCUGCUGCCCUCUGUCUCCAAGCAGUGGGGUGCCAGGGUUUGAGGGAGGGUUCAAUCCCAAGAUGGCGUUCACGGGGAAGAUGACAGGAGUGAACAUGUGGGACCGGGUGCUGUCAGAGGAGGAGAUUUCCCAGCUGGCUUUGCGGGAGGGCCAGGGCUGCGAGCAGAGGGGGAACAUAGUGGCAUGGGGAGUGACGGAGAUGGUGCCACAUGGAGGUGCUCAGUUCAUCAACUAACAGAUUCAUAGUCGUCUUCGUGGGAAUAUUCAUCAUAAUCAUCAAUCAUCGUAAAUAUUAGCAACAUCGUAAAAUAAGCUUUCAUGCUAAAACUGAAGAGAACAACUUACAACUGCUUUUAUCAUCAUCAUCAUCUUUUAUAGUUCAAUGUUUUAAUUAUGAUGUUAUUAUCAAGGCUGUUAUUUUAUUCAUUAUUUCCAUCACUAUUAUCAUGACCACUAAUGCUGCAGUGAACUUUACUGAGACAUGUUCAAAUGAGAGAAAGCCAAGGCUGUGAGAGACUGAAGUUUAUUUUUGUAACUUUUUGAACUGAGGCUAUAACACACACACACACACACACACACACACACACACACACACACACACACACACUCACUCACUCACACUGACGUACAUUAGGCUUAGAAAACAAGCAGCAUUUACCAAAGACUUCAUUAGACUGCAAGAAAGACAAAGCGUCUAUUGUUAAAGUGAAUGGGUUCUGAGCCAGUAAACAGAGUAAUCGCCAGACAGAAAUGCAAGAGAGGAAAAUAAGAGGUCACAGACAAUUACAAGAGAUUGUCUUGUAAUUGUAGAGUGAUGUAUGUUUUAGAGCAAUAAUGCAUUUUCUCUCUUUCUAUCUAGAUUUGUAUAGAAAUGGCAAGUGCAGUUAACAUUAAUAUAAUUUGCUUUUCUACCUUUGCAGUCUUGUAGGUACAAUUAACAGAAGUUGAAGAUUGACUGUCAUCUAUCCCCAUUACAAGUGAAAGCAGAGGUACCAUGUGUUAAUAAUGUGUGUGUGUAAUGUAAUGUGCAGUACAACAUAUGAAAUACCUGUGUGACUGAAAACUGCUGUACUUGCUUUCAUUUCAGGCAUGGUCAACAAGCAACUAUAGAAAUAGCUUCAAACUAAAUCAUUUUUUGCAACUUAUUAUUUUAUUAUCACAAUUUUCUUGAAUUUGUGAAAACUUUUAAAGCAUUUUAAGACCUUACAUUUCCAAACUUGUACUCAUCGAAGCGUUUACAUUCAUAUGAGUUAUAUAAUUCCAAUUCUGCUUUGUUAGGUUUUUGUCAGUAGUUCUCAUUUAAUUUUAGGGUAAUAAAUGUGCGUCUUCUUUUUUGAUACUGCGUAAAGUAAUAAGAGUGAAACUGAUAUUUGUAAUGUGAGAUUGACAUUGUUUUUUUUUAUUUGAUAAAAGAAACUGAGGACAAUGUUUACACAAUCUAAUCUUUAUGAACUAUGUUGUCUUGUAUUAUACUGCUGUAAAUUGCUUUUGUUGCUCUUGUGAAAAGGUGAAAUUGAAUGUAUUUUGUACAUAAAUAUAUUUUGCAUAACAUGACUGGAUGAAUGGAGAGCGAGGUAUGAAUAAACAUUUCAAGUUAUGGUA